AAAAUUGAACAAAGGUUAUUCUCCAUUAGUUAAAGUAAAAAUCUAACAAGUGUAAGAAAAAAUCAUUAAAGUGUCGAUUGAUUUAAAAAUCUAAUUAUGAAUUUGACUAAAUAUUCAAGUUUUCUCUUUGUGAUUAUAUGUAUUUCUGUUUUAACCAUGACGAGAGCAACAAACGCAUCUCCAUGGUCAAGUCCAUCUACUAGUAAUAAUACUUUAGAUGGGUUUAAUGCUACAGCUACGGCUUUGGUUCGUGCUCCAUAUAAUGAUAAAGAUGACUACAUGAAGACCAUCAAUGAAUUGAAAAGUUUUUUGGAUCUUCCCCAGGGAAGGUCAUCUAAUAAUCAGUUACAAGCAAUGCAACAGGCCUUCGCUUCAUCUAUUGCCGAAAUUGCGGUAUCAGAGGCUUCUGAUGGCAGAGAGGCUGCGAUUAGUUUUAUUAAAAAAUUAAUUGAAGAAAUUAAUAAAAAUAAUGAUGCCUUGUCUGCAGCUGCUGCGAUUACGGCUGCUCCUGGUGAUUUAUGGUCCGGGGAACUUUGGAGGCUAUGGGCAAGGUGUUCCAACAAGAGGGGAAAUCCAUCUAAUCAUAUGGUACAAGCAAUGCAACAGGCCCUCGCUUCAUCUGUGGCCGAAAUUUCGUUAUUACAGGCUUCUGAUCGAAAGGCUGCAUUUAGUUUUAUUAAAAAAUUAAUUGAAGAUUUUAAUAAAAAUAAUGAUGCCUUAUCUGCAGAUUCUGCGGCUAUGGCUGCUCCUGGUGGUUAUGGAGAUAAGAACAUAAAUCAAACUAUGAAUUUGACUAAAUAUUCAAGUUUUGUCUUUGUGAUUAUAUGUAUUUCAGUUUUAACGAUGACGAGAGCGCAAAACAUAUCUCCAUGGUCAAAUCCAGCUACUAAUUUAGAUGGGCUUACCCCUGCAGCUUCGGGCUGUGCUCCAUGUAAUGAUGAAGAAGAUGACUUCAUGACAAUCAUGAAUGAAUUGCAAAGUUCUCUGAAUCUUUUUAAGGGAAAUCGAUCUAAUCAUAUGGUACAAGCAAUGCAACAGGCUUUCGCUUCAUCUAUUGCCGAAAUUUCGUUAUCGCGGGCUUCUGAUGGCAGUUAUCGAAAGGCUGCAUUUAGUUUUAUUAAAAAAUUAGUUGAAGAUAUAAAUAAAAAUAAUGAUGCCUUGUCUGAUACUGGUGCUGCUGCUGUUUCUGCUGCUGGUUGUGGUGAUGCUGCUGCUGCUGCUGCUAGUGGUGGUACUGGUGGUGGUUUUGGUGGUGGUACUGGUGGUGGUUUUGGUGGUGGUCGUGGUGGUGGUGCUGCGGCUGCUGCUGCUGCUGCUGCUGCUGCUGCUAGUGGUGGUGGUCGUGGUGGUACUGGUGGUGGUUUUGGUGGUGGUGGUGGUGUUGACUUUGGUCGAUGGGAUUAUGGAGGCCAUUGACAAGGUGUUCCAUUGCCUGGUUCUAGUGAAUGUGGUCAGGGUAACUAUGGAGACAAGUAAUGGAGGCAACGGGCUGGUGGUGGAAAAUCUACGACAAUAGAUGAGAACUCAAAAUGAAAUGUAAUAAAAAUUGAAAUAAAUAAACUAUUCGGUUAAAAGUUGAAACCAAAUUCAACUCAAAAAGUAUCCUCUCAAUUGAUAGUUAAUCGAAGUUAAUAAAAAGAU